GAAACAGUUAAACGGGGACCAAAAACGCAGUGUGAGCCCACCAUAAUCUAGUAGCUAUGCGAAGAAUAGAAGUUGGCUGAUACGUGUAGAAAUUACAGUACACAGCGACAGAAAAGCGGGCGCUAGAUAACGCCAGUCUUGUUUGGACAAUACACACAGGAUGCGGUAAAUAAACAGACAUUGACACAAAUGAAAUAUGUGGUGUCCAGGCAAUCCAGUCAGUGAUGAAAAUCAGGUUCCGGCUGUGCAAAAUGUACACCGUAAAUCUGUUGGUCGGACUUCCUUGAAGGCUCUUACAGGCCAGCAUCUUGCAGUGCUUGAUCCAAAUACCCUUGUCAACAAAAGAUCUUCUCUGUCUCAGACAUCCAGUCACACUACUCCUAUGAGCAAGGAGUCGACAAGAGUCAGCUUUGGAACCCCAGUCAGUGUUUGGAUUGACCCUUGCUGCAAUAAUAGUUUAACAGAAAGAUCAAGAAUUGAAGCCAACACUUCAAAGCAUCUAACUUCUUGUUCUCAUUUGGAGAAAGUCGUGUCAUGUGACUCAAACCCUUUGCCUGCAGGUCCUGAAAACUGUAAUCAAUCUCAUGAGUCGCUUGAUGUUAACUUAUUGUCACAGCCUAUAGAUAUGUUUAAAAGCCAGACAGCAAGCAGUGAGGAUAGUUAUAGACGACAAGUAAAUAAAGUUGCUGAUGGUCUUCUCAGAGAGUGUUAUAAAUUGAUGAACUUACCUCCCACCAUUACAACUUGUGAGCUUCAAGAGUUACAGACAAGUACUAUAUUGGAAGAUGAUACAUGCCAAAUGGCAAAGCUUGAUGAGCCUUAUAGUUGUGCUGAUGCACCUGCUGUUCUGACACCUGAAGGACCUCUCAAACAAAAUACAGAACCUGAUAAUGUAUUAUUAGAAAAUCCUGAAUCAAAUUGUGAAGACAAUAUUACUUUGCACAGUCCCAAGCAUGAAAUAGUCUUCCCUUUGAUGAGAAAUGACAGUCACUUAGAAGAUCUGCUGUUAGCUGGUGGGGAGCUUGAUGGUGUUGAGGUCGUAUCUGAGCCAAAUGUUAUGUCUGCAAAUGUCAACUUUGAAGUAGAUCCUCGUCUUGAGGGGGACUCGGAACAAAGCUCUUUUCCAGUAAUAGAUGUGCUGUCUGAAGUAACUGGGAUCAUUGAAAAUUGGACCUUAUCUAUAAAAGAUAAUGAAGAUUACUACCAAAAUGAGCCUGCUGAUGAUGAAGGUGACAUUAAGGGUUUUCCACAAGUAGAGACGUUGGCUUUAUCUCCCUUAGGCUCCGUGAUGGGUGACAUUAAGGAAAUACAACUGCUCAGCGGUUCACCAGAAAUAUUUGACCCUAUUUUUCUUAAUAAUUCUGAAAGGUCUUUUACUGACACUUUACAUCUUGAAGACUCUGUUUUUAAAGAACUGACUUUACAUGAUCCUGAGAGAUCUUCAUUUACAUUAAAGCAUUAUUCUUCAGGGACACGUGCAAACCAAUGCUGUACACCCAUUGAUGGGGAGACCACAGCUCUUGUUCAAGCAGAAGGUCAUUACACCCCGAUAACUGACACACAGAGGUUUUCUCCCAUCUCUGAUAUAGAUAAGUUGUGUCAGUCUAACCCCAGCAUUGACCAGAAUGUCAUGAAGAAUACCCCAUUCACUGAAUGCUGCCCAACUCCAAUAAUGCCGAUUAAUUCAAAGGUUCACGAGAUUCCAUUAUUAAGCAAAGGAAUUUUUAAAAAUAUUACUCCAAGGAUGUUUGUCUCUGCUCAUGAAGCCGGCACUUCAAUGACUCCGGUAUCAACCUCUGAGGGAGUGACCUGGACUACACCUAUAAUGCUUCUGAACAAAAGCAUGAACACUUCUGGGGACUUUAUAGUGAAGGGAGGGAAAAGUGCAAAGGAUAAUGCCUCUGAGACAGAUUCGGUUCUAUGGAACUUCUCCAGGGAGGCCUUACACAACGCAUCUCGGGAUGAGCUGAUGGAUCGGCUGGAAGGCACAUUAAUUGUAGUUGAAGUGCUUUCUCGGCAGUUACAAGGAUGGCAACAAAGUAAUGUUUCUUCUAAACCAUCUGAGCAGAGGGAAUGCUCCACACAGACAAGUGUCACAUACACCAGUACGGAGGAACAGUAUUACCAUAACCUAUAUUUAAAAACUCUGCAUCGACUUCAAUCCAUGCAAUGCAGCCGGGAACAGGAAAAUGCAUUACACCAACAUCUCAAAGAAGCUACUGAAGCUUUGACAUCACACAAGAAUGAAGCUUCAUCUAUGUUCGAGUUUGCAAAAAGUCAGCAUGAAAUGACACAGAAAGAUCGAGCAGACUUACAACAAAAUAUGAGCCAUUGUAGAAAGCUCUUAACAGAUCACAUGAACAUUUUGGAGAAGAUAAGCCAGAGGCUACAGGACAAUCUUCUUCAGAGGGAUGAAAUGAGAGCUCGCAUGGAAAAAGCUAUACAGGCUAAGGAAGCGGCGGACCAGUGUCUCCAGGAUCUUGAGAUCCAUUCCUCUGCAGUCAUUACUCAGCUGCGCCAGGACUUAGAAUCUGAAAGAGAGCUUUGUGAGUCUGUAAAGGAGGUGUAUGAGCAGCAGCAUUUCUUCAAUGAAGAAUUGGCAGAGUUUGUACAUAGGGCUCUGUAUGUUUGCUCUGAAGAAGACGAAAACCAAACCCAAUUGCAGAGGCAGUGCUCUCAUGCACGAGAGUUGAUGUCUCGGCAUUGGCUUCUGUUUGAAGUUAUGAAGGAGAAGACACAGUCGAUACUUGAAGAGUGUGAAGAAAUUAAGAGGGAAAGAGACAUGGCAGUUCUAGAAAAUGAAAAAGUACAUAGUGAGAUAGAAAGAAUAGACUUUUACAAUGAGCAAAUGAAGCUGGAGAAUUCACGCCUGGGUGCAGAACUAGAAUCUCUAAUGGAGCGUUUGUGUACACUGGAAUCUGAAAUUGAACAACUGAAAGAGGAUAAUUCUGAACUCGCUGAGCUGCUUUAUGCUAAGGAUUCAUCUAUGAAACUGCUUGAAAAAGAGCUAAAUGAGGCAACUGUUCGAGGACAGCAAUACCAAGAUCGCAACAAGCACUUGACUUCUCAAGUUGUGCCCAGCCUUAAAAGGGAUUUGUCAGAUGCCUUAAGCCAGAAGCAGGCCCUCCAGGAACAGCUAGAAAGGCUUGCAAAAGAAUAUGCUUCCCAAAUUGUGUGCUACACAGAGAGCCUUGAGUUUCUUGAGCAGGAGAACAGUGUUUGUCGUGAGCAAGUGUCAGAGACUGAAUCCCAGCUCAAAACCCAUCAUCUUACAGUGCUGGAAAGGAAUUUUCUGUGUGAGAAUCUAAAGGAUACCAUUCAAGAAUUGCAGAAGAAAGUAAGUACCUUACAGGAAAAGCUGUCACGCUCUCAGGAGGAUGCUCAGAGGAGGAUUAUGAAACUGAGCAAAGAAAUCUCAGACUCCUCCACGGAAGUAUCUAAAAUCAAGUCUCAUAUGCUGGAACUCAUAGAGAAGCUAAGAGCGUAUACAAAAACCGAGGUAGUAGAGAGUUUACCUGGGUCACAAACACCUGGCCAGAGUAUGGUACUAUCUAUGGAUGAAGAACUAACUACAAAUAUCAGUACAGCAGACUCAGAAAACCAAAGAGAAGGCAUCUGGAGUAAAACCAGUGCAUUUACUGUAGUACUCCCAUUAACCUCCCUGUCUGCUGAUACACCACAGGAGAAGUUGUCAGAUGUAGUACGUGAGUUAAGUAACAUUGUAUCAGAUGUCAUCAUCACUACAUCCAGUGCCAUGGAGGAAAAACAGCAGAUUAUCCAAGACCUCAAUCUGGAAAUCUCGUCUCUGAAAGAAUCGCUUAAGAGUCAAAGAUUCUGCCAUAUGUCUGAAAUGCGUAACCUCCAGGAAGAGCUUAGCAACCUGGAAAGGAGAAAUACUUCCCUGGAUAAGAAAUUAAACAGCAAAGAAAAGUGCAUCAGCGAGCUACAGGAGGUUGUGAAUCAGCAAGAACAGAAGAUAUUGGAGCAGUUUAGCCAAGUGAAAGAAAGUGGGGCCCUUAUACAGGAAAAUGCAGAGUUACAGUUGUCAUUAAAGGUCUGUGAAAAAGAGGUGGAUGUCUUGAAACAAGAAUUAGCUCAGAAUUCAAAAGAAGCUGCAAGAAGCUGGAUCAAAGAGAAACUGCUCUUACACAAGGAUGUGACUACAUUGAGACUGAAACUAGUUGACUUGGAGUCUUCAAAGUCUGAGGCAAUUCAGCGGCUUUUAAGACAUAAGGAUAUACUGAAAACUAAUCUAAUGCAUUCAGAGGCAGAAGUACGGAAACUGGAUGAUAUUAUUGUAAAAAUACGACAGGUUCUUGUUUCUAUACCAGAUGUUGUAAACAACUGCGAUAAACUUAGUCACUUAAUGGAGUUCCUGAACUAGUGUAUCGCACAAUGCAUGAGGCUCACAGGAUAACUACCACAAGUGCUAUAGAAAGGUUAAAAACAAACAAGAGCAAACCAGCCAUGUUUUUUUCCCAGCCUUGGUUCCAAGUGCUUAAAGGGUUACUAUAAUUUAAAAAAAAAUAUAUGAAAAUUUUUUGACAUGUUGCCUAGACAUGCUAAAAGUUUUGAUUGCACCUGCAAUCUCUAGCCGAAAAAGUGUGCGACAUCGUCCUUGAUUUCCCGGCCGGCAGAUCUGAACUUUUUUUCUGCAUAGACUUAUCCAGAGAAAAAGUUGGAUUUGAUUGACUGCCGGAGAGUAAGAAGUGUGCUGCACCGCACUUUCCCUGCUUAUGACUAGCAAUCUAAGCAAUCCUCAGGAGUGAUACCCAAUGUGAUCAAAACAUUAGACAUGUCUGGGCAACAUUUUUUUUAUUUUUUUUUUAAAUGUAAAAAAAAAAAAAAAAAAAAAAAGAUAUAUAACAUUUUUUUUUUUUUAUGAUAGCACAGCCCUGAAGCCUGUAGUAACAAUGCAUCUUGUGUCCCCAUGACAAUACUUUCUGCCUGUGUUCUGGCAAGUUUAGUUGUAUCACAAGGCCAGUGUCUUAAUCCAAAUCCCCAUCCAUGUCAAUAUUGACACACAUUACUGCUACUAUUUAAAGAGGUACUCCACUGGCCAACGUUCGUAACAUUUAGUUCCAAACUUUGUGUGUGCGCGCUGCGGGGGUUGGCUAUGCCCCCUCAUGACAUCAGGCCACACCCCUUUAAUGAAAGUCUAUGCAUGCCCCCUCCCAUAGACUUGCAUUGAGGGGGCGUGGCCGACCCCCGCACUGCGCACACAGCGUUUGGAACUAAAUGUUCCGAACGCUGGCCAGUGGUGUACCCCUUUAAGCCAAUUAGAAUUUAGACACAGAUGUAUUUUAAUUUGGAUCAAUAAACUGAAAAGACUCCUAAAAAGUCUUUGUUGCCUAUAGCAACCAAUAACAGAACAGCUUUAAAGUGGUAUUCUGUGGAGUAUAUAUUUAUAUAUAUUUUUUAAUUGUGCUUAGGUAUGUGCUAUACAGAAAAAAAUGCUGCUUUGAGUUUGGAUUUUCUAAUGGAAAGUUGGAGAUACAAGAGCUGGUGUGCUUGAGUAUCUCUGGCUCUCCCAAAGAAAUGCUUGGAGGGGUUGUGUUGGCCCCUGCUCUGUGCACGAUGAGAGCCAGAGAGCCCUUACAGGAGAGUGUUUACACCACCACCACCAUUAUCACGGAUCUCCAGUCCUACUACACAACACUUCUGCCUGAUCUGGCAAUUCCAUGUGCCAACCCCAGGUAUGCUGCACAGGUGGACUGGUGCUCCGUGAUAGUGGCAAGGGAAUGGGGUAGGUAAGUAUAGUAUUUUUAUUCUUUAUAACACCUACCUAUAUAUGUAUAUGAUUUUAAGAGCAUCAUAACUAGUGAAAGAUGCAUCAUGAUGGGUUGUUAUAGGCAACAAAAAGUUUUUGUGAGGAUAUGUUCAUGCAGGACUACAGAUUUUGAGUUCCAUCAAGUUAUUUAGGAAAAUAUGCUCAGGCAGCAGCAAAUCUGCUGUGUGUGAACAUGCCUGAAGAUAUUUGAUAAACACCCCUGCCCUUUUUUCCUUAUCUGAGGUUUCUUUAUUUUUUGUUCUUUUUAAAUAAGAAUAGAAAAUAGGGCCUUUUUUGUUUUGAAUUACAAACAUUUUUUUUUUUCACUUUACUGUCCAGGAAUGUGAUGGAGAACUGUGUAAUGAUCUGCCAUGUUGAGGAAUAUGGCACAAGAUUCAGUGUAGUAACAUAUUGAUGCAUAAACUCUGGCAUACUAUUGAACAAGUUUUUAUGUCUCCACUGACCCAGCCAGAUCAGACAGGGAGUGUUGUCUUGGGAACACAGAAACAACUGCAAUGUGACUGGAAUUUCAAGCAAUGGUGGUUUGUUUCUUUUUGUUUGUGUGUUGGAUAUUUCCAGGCCUUUUGUUCGAAGUGAAGUUUUUUUGUAUUCUGGAUUUAUGUUUAUGUUAUAUAUAUGUACAUCUUUGUUCAUAUGAGUUUCUUAA